AUGGGCGGCGGCGACGGGGCCGCAUUUAAGCGGCCGGGGGACGGCGCCCGCCUCCAGCGCGUCCUCGGGCUUGGCUCCCGCCGGGCGACCCGCUCUCUGCCCGCCGGGGGCUCCGCGCCGCGCCGCCCCGCGCCGCCGCCGCCGGGCCAUGCGAGCGCGGGCCCCACCGCGAUGAGCUCGCACAUCGCCAAAAGCGAGUCCAAGACGUCGCUGCUGAAAGCCGCGGCGGCGAGCGGGGGCAGCCGGGCUCCCCGCCACGGCCCUGCCCGGGAAGCGGGGCUGCCUGGCCGCCGGCUGCCCGGCGCCUGCCCGAGCACGCCGCCGCCGUCCGGGGACCCCAGCUCCAGGAGGCCCCUGUGCUGGCCGGUGUCACGCGACGAGGGCGCGCGGGGGAACCGCCGCGGGCUCCCCCAGGCGCACUGCAGGCCCCGGGAGGCGCUGCCGGCCGCGGCGUCCCGACCUUCGCCGCCGUCGCCGCUGCCGCCGGCCCGCGGGCGGGAUGGGGAGGAACGGGGGCUGUCCCCGGCGAUCGGCCUCCGGGGCUCGCUUCGAGCCCCGGGCCGCGGGGACUCCGCUCCCGCCGCCGCGACUGAGGCGGACCCGUUCCUCCACCGGCUGCGCCCCAUGCUCAGCUCCGCCUUCGGCCAGGACAGAUCACUACGACCAGAGGAGAUCGAAGAACUCAGAGAGGCCUUUCGAGAAUUUGACAAGGACAAGGACGGUUACAUCAACUGCCGGGACCUGGGGAACUGCAUGCGCACCAUGGGGUACAUGCCCACAGAAAUGGAGCUCAUUGAGCUGUCUCAGCAGAUCAACAUGAACUUGGGUGGCCAUGUGGAUUUUGAUGACUUUGUGGAGCUGAUGGGACCUAAACUCCUGGCGGAGACAGCAGAUAUGAUUGGAGUAAAAGAGCUGCGAGAUGCCUUUCGAGAGUUUGACACCAAUGGUGAUGGGGAGAUAAGCACGAGUGAGUUGCGAGAGGCCAUGAGGAAGCUCCUGGGUCAUCAGGUGGGACACCGAGACAUAGAGGAAAUUAUCCGAGAUGUGGAUCUCAAUGGGGAUGGACGAGUAGACUUUGAAGAGUUUGUCCGGAUGAUGUCCCGCUGAGGCUUCGAGGGCCCCUCCAGGACUGUCACGCUCCCCAGGCGGGGAGAAGAGGAGCCGCAGCUCGCCUCGCCCGCCCGCCGUAGCCGCCGAGAGCCCAGGACGUGCGGUGGCGGACGGGGCCUGCCUGCACCCCGGGGAGGUGCCCACCCCGG